GGAAAUCCUCUUGUUUCCUUUCGUUUUUCCCUAUGUUUUUUUCUACCCGCUGCUCUUCUGUGUCCUGAAGCGGAGGUAAAGAAUUCUAUUGGGAACAUUUUCUGUAAAUUAUUUUCAAAUAAUUGUGGCGACAAGCCAGCGACUGUUUCCAAAGCAAAAUCAUGUGGAUAUAAUAUGGAAUGUACGCCCCGAUACUUGUGUGAUGAUACUAAUGCCGUAAUCAAAGAUGGAAGAGCUCUAAUUGAUUUUCGCGCAGCCGUAUUCUCAAGAAAAGACAGUCAGGUCUGUGACUGGUCUGAAGUAUGCUGUUCGCUGGCUGAUAAGAGAUCGAUUCGGGAGAAGGAAUACACGACGAGAGGCUGUGGCUAUAGCAAUCCGAAGGGCGUCCGAAUAACCAUAGAAAAUGCUGACGACAAUAAUUCGCAAUUUGGCCAAUUCCCGUGGAUGGUGGCCAUUCUGAACAAGAAUUGCUCCAGCAGCCAAUGUGCAUAUGAAGUUCUGGGCGGUGGCAGCCUCGUGGCGCCAAAUGUAGUUGUGACCGUUGCUCACAUCUUCAACAGGGCUUCCUCGGCUUCUAAUCUCUUGGUGCGGGCUGGCGAAUGGGAUAUACAAAGCAUGGCUGAAGCUUUGCCUCACGAGGACCGCAAAGUGAAGACGAAACUCAUUCACGAGAGCUUUAAUGUGGAAACCGGCUACAAUGACAUAGCUCUACUUCUGCUGAGUACACCCUUUAAACUGAACGAGCACAUUGACAUCAUCUGCUUGCCGGGACGGCAGCUCUUCGUCGAUUCGAGCCGCUGUCUCGUCACAGGCUGGGGCAAACGUAAUCUCGAUGAUCCAGGCUAUCCACACAUAUUGAAGAAGAUCGAAAUGCCAUUGGUGAGUGAUGCCAAGUGCCAGGCACAGCUGCGCAAUACCCGCCUUGGCCCCUAUUAUGAGCUGCACAGCAGUUUCGUCUGUGCCGGCGGCGAGAAGGACAAGGACGCCUGUUUUGGUGAUGGCGGCGCCCCCCUUAUCUGUCCCACUAGCACCCAGUCUACUCGCUAUAACCUGGUCGGCAUCGUUGUCGGAGGCGUGGACUGUGGCAAUGAGAAUGUGCCCGGACUCUAUGCAAAUAUUCAUAUGCUGCAACCCUGGAUCGAAGCUAAGCUUAAUCAGUUUUCAAUAACAAAUUGAAUUAAAAGCAAGUAGGAGGCUCUAGUCGGGAGAAAACCCUGAACCCUCUUCUUCCAACACCAAAUGCUUCAGCAGUAAUCAAAAUUAAUUCAAAAAGAAAACAAAGUGUCUCCUCGAUAGGUCUCGAGCUCGUAAUAUACCGAACUACUUGCAACUCAUUCAUCGCUUAUAUAUUCGCUUG